AUGACCGAACACGAAGACUUUGCCAGCUUGGCCGGACAUUGGAACGCCUCGGACACUGCCCUGUUCAGCCCGGCCAGUGUCAUCGUGCCGGUGGUCUUCUCCCUCAUCUUUCUUCUGGGCACGGUCGGCAACAGCCUGGUGUUGGCUGUGCUCCUUCGGAACGGCCAGAUGGGCCAUAACAGCACGAACCUCUUCAUCCUCAACCUCAGCCUGGCUGACUUCUUCUUCAUCAUCUUCUGCGUGCCGUUCCAGGCCACCAUCUACUCCUUGGAGGGCUGGGUCUUUGGCUCCUUCAUGUGCAAAGCCGUCCACUUCUUCAUCUACCUCACCAUGUAUGCCAGCAGCUUCACCUUGGCUGCCGUCUCUGUGGACAGGUACCUGGCCAUUCGUUACCCGCUGCGCUCCCGGGAGUUGCGGACGCCUUGCAAUGCAGUGGCAGCCAUGGCUGUCAUUUGGAGCCUCUCCGUGAUUUUUUCGGGGCCCUACCUGAGCUACUAUGACCUGAUCGAAUGGGAAGCCAGCUACAUCUGCGUGCCGGGGUGGGAGGAAUGGAAGCGCAAGAUCAUGGACACCUGCACCUUUGCCUUCGGCUACGUGAUCCCCGUGCUCAUCGUCAGCCUCUCCUACACCCGGACGAUUAAAUACCUGUGGACCGCUGUGGACCCCUUAGAGGACAUGUCGGAGUCCAAGAAGGCCAAGCGCAAAGUGACCAAGAUGAUCAUCAUCGUGACUGUCCUCUUCUGCCUGUGUUGGCUGCCCUACCAUGUGGUCGUGCUCCGCUACCUCUACGGAGACUUCCCUUUCAACCAGACCACCUACGCCUUCCGGCUGCUGUCCCACUGCAUGGCUUAUGCCAACUCUUGCCUCAACCCGAUCGUCUACGCCCUGGUCUCCAAGCACUUCCGCAAGGGGUUCAAGAAGGUUUUCAGCUGCCUGCUGCGGAAGAAGGCCCGGAACAGGGUCCAUGUGGUUCACGCUGCCCACACCGUGCCCGGCUUUGAGGCGGGCUCGACAGAGGUGUCUCAGAUGCACGAGGACAACAACGGGCAGCUGAAUGGGUGUGAACUGGAUCCGAGGUCCUUCAUGGUUCCGUCAGGAUCCGCCAGGCCCCUCUGCAUUUCUUAA